AGGCCACGAAAGAACUGACAAAUGGGAUGGGACGGCCAGGUGGGAGUGGUUUUUGCUUCCGUUGAAUGGCAAAGGCCAUGCAUCCGGCACUCGGAGGGAUUUAGACAGCAUUUUGCCACUGCUUGGUGCACUGGCUGAUGAUGCUCACAAAAAAAUUCGUUUCUUCAACCUUCAACACACAUCAUCAUCUCUAAAGAGGACACAGGAGAGGUGUUGGUACCUUGAUUCAGAUAGUUGGAGUUGUGUUGUUGUGUCUUGUCAAGUGUUGUUCUGUUGUGAUUGACCACAAUAAGGCGAAGGUGUCGGCGAAGAGAAAAAGGAAAUUGUUCCUUUGAGGCACUUUUUUGGUCAGAAGAAGAACAGAAGCACAGAACAAGACGUGUGUUUUAGAUGACAGGCAACCACAGCGAACACUUGGAUCACCAACAGCAACAACAGCAAGAAGAAUCUCCUUCCGUAUCUGUUCCACAACAUCAGAAUCUGGUUUAUAGUAACAGCAACAACCCUAGCAGUCCCUCUGUGUGCACCGACGACGAUGCGAGUGCCAUCACGAAUGACCUAUCCUUGGUGACCAUGAAGACGGCAUCCUCACCAACGAGGCCUUCUUCUUCGUCUGGCUCGGCUUCUUCUGUACAAGUGGCUGUGAGAGUACGGCCUCUCUUGUCAUCACUAGAGUCAGGAUGUGGUUCUUGCAUUCAUAUACUUCCACCCCUCCGUGGUCGGCCCACUACCAUUCAAAUUGGACCGGAAUCGACAGGACCCACGUUCACAUUUGAUGAAGUGUUUCCUAUCAGCUCUACACAAGUACAAGUCUAUGAACACCGUGUCGCUCCAUUGGUAGAGAGAUGUCUAGAAGGAUACAAUGCAACAAUACUGGCAUAUGGGCAAACAGGUUCCGGAAAAACACACACUGUCAUUGGACCGUCUACCUGUCAUUCCGCUCCAGAAGAGACUUCCUCAGGAAUGAUUCCCAGGGCUGUCAGUUCUCUCUUUCAACAAUUACAACAACGACAGCUGGAACUCAGCAGUCUGCCCAAUUCUCCCGCUUCCGCCAGCCUGCCCAGUACUAAAUCACCAACCAACUCACCACAACGCACUACAAGUAGUAGAAGCAAAUCCAAAUCAAUCAACAACAACAAACAGGAAGCAGCGGCAUUUGAGUUUCAAGUGCGAGUACAAUUCUUGGAAAUUUAUGGCGAAGACAUUCGGGAUUUGCUAGCAUCGUCUACUACGAAUGCGCAGGAACGACUCACCAUUCGGGAUAUUGGCAAUGAUGAGCCAGAAGUGGUGGGAGCCACUUGUCAAGUGGUCAAAUCGGCCGAAGAAGCUUUGCGUUGUCUGACCAAGGGCAUGCUACGAAGAGUCACUGCCGCAACUAGCAUGAACGAAUCUUCCUCUCGCUCGCAUGCCAUUUUCUCCAUUCUCAUGGAACAGUCCACAACACACGGUAGUGGACCACAACAAAAACGUUCCAAAUUCAAUUUUGUAGAUUUAGCAGGAUCGGAACGACAAAAACGAACUCGGGCACAGGGCGUGCGAUUAAAAGAAGGCAUUGGGAUCAACAAGGGGUUGCUCGUUUUGGGAAAUGUCAUUUCUGCCUUGGGUGAUCCUAAAAAACGAGGAAAGGCAUUUGUGCCGUAUCGGGAUAGUAAAUUGACACGGCUCCUCAAAGGAUCGUUGGGGGGGAAUCACAAAACAUUGAUGAUUACGUGUGUUUCACCCUCAUCCACCAACAUGGAGGAGUCACUCAACUGUUUGAGAUAUGCAAAUCGUGCAAAGAACAUUCAGAACAGGGCGGUUGUCAAUGUCGAUGCACGGACGAGAAUGAUUGCCGAACUCAAAGCACAGGUUCAGGCUUUGGCGGCGGAUUUGUUGCGGGCCAAAGAUAGCGGCGAUCUGGUUGGAGGUGCAUUCACCAGGCAGGACCUGCUGGCCAUUGUGCAAGGAAGUGAAGCGUCAGCUGCGAAUCAAAAUAACAAUAAGACUCCUGGCAAACAGCAACAAACCGAGGAAUCUCGGGCCAAGGAUACGCCUUCUCCAUUACGGCAUCCCAGACUAAUAACUCCCGAACCUCCGCAAGCUGAGCAACAGCAACGACUCCAGGACCUGGAAGGAGAAUUGAGCAGAACAACCAAUCAACUGAAACGAUGCAGAACCGAAAACUAUGCCGUGGAAGAACGCUUGCAUGUUACGCUGGCAGAAAAGGAAUUUUACAAGCUUCAACUGGAGGCGGUUGCGACGCCUGAUGGCGGCAAUUCGCCCAUUCCAAUUGACCAAGCCUUUGUGAAUCGUGCCACCGAGUACGAGAAGGAAAUUGGCCGCUUGAAAGAGGAGCUCCGGAUGGCUCGGUCGCAUGCUGUGGACCGACGGGACCCCUCUGAAGCUGAUGCGAGAUUCUCGAUUGAAAAAGCCAGCCAGGAUAUGCUGGCAGAGAGAGAACGCCUUGCUGCCAUUCAGAAUGAGCUGCUGUCGUCAAAGUCGGUUUCUACACCACAAGAAACCACUCCGAAAGAGACGGGCAAAGAAGCCAAUGAUAGUUCGCUCGAACCCGCCGAUUCAGAGGAGAAGGCAGAAGAGGAACAUUUGACAGCACUGACGCUGAAGUACAGCCAUAUCGACGACGAGGAUGAAGUGAUGAUUGUAGACCAGCAGAAUACACCCCGGGUGGUAGGGGAUCCUGCCUUGGCUCAGGCCGAGUCCGAGGGAAAGGACGCAGCAAAACGGCAAGCAAAAAUCGAAGCAGACCUUCUGGAAAUAUCUCGAGUUAUUGAGUCAAAGGAGGAGCUUAUAUCACAACUGCAAUGCAGCCAAGCGAAAUACUCGUCCAUGAAAGAAUUCUACGAAGGCAAGCUUCAUGAGAUGGAAGCUCUGCUUGAUCAAAAGGAGGAAGAACGCCUCAAGAUCAUUGCAGAAAUGGAGAGACUCAAGGAAAACAAUCACGACACCAAAGAUCUCGAGGAGGAGCUCAAACAGAAGGAAGAGCACAUUGCGGGCAUUAGAAAGCAGAAACUGCAGCUCAAGGAUUUGACCGCGGUUUCGUCCAAGAAUGCAACUGAGAUCAAAAAGCUACAAAGCGACGUGAGGGCCAUGAAAGAGAGAAAGGUUUCCAUGCAAAAGCAACUAGCCGACGAACGCAAAGCCCACGCACUGGAAAUCAAGAGGCUCAAGAAAGAAGUAUUACAAAAGGAUCGCGAGACUCGUAAGUGGCAAAAGAUUUCAAAUCAAAAGGCUUCGGAAGCCGAAAAGGCGAACCAAGUCACCAAGAUGAAAGUACAACAACUCGGCCAGCUCCGAGCGAAAUACAAGGAUGCGGAGAAGACGAUUCGAAUGCUUCAGAUCAAAAAAGGCGUGAUGGCGAAGGCAGGUUUGGACUCUGUCAUUGUUGGACGACGAGGGAAGCGGCCGCUCAGCAAAGACCAGAGUCGCGAUCCGGCCAAUUCUAGUCGUGCGGUAGACACAGAUUCUCUGCGUGAUUACUUUGACAAAAAGGUGGCAGAGGUUGGCAGGAAAGAAGCCCUUGCGGACAAACUGGCACGUGGAUGGGAGGAGCACAUGCAGUUGACUUUGCAGCGUAGUGAGCUUGUGGAGCAAGAGACCGAAGAAUCAAACGAAGAAAUCCAGGCUCUUGACUUGAGGAUCCAGUAUGAAGAGGAUCGAAUAAGGAAGCUCGCUCAUCGUCUUGGAAAGCGAAGUCCUCCUGUGUCUGGCGACGAAAAGCACCAAGCCGGUAGUAUGAACUCGUUUUUGUAUGGCAAAGACUUCACAAAACUUUGCAAGGGUUUAGAUGCUGGAAAAUCGUCGGAGAUUGCGGCAAGGGUUCUGUUUGGGAUGGUAGUAAGGGAGCGACGCCGUAUUGCUUCGUUGGCGAAAACAGCAUCCUCUCUUGACGAAAAGUUGCGAGAGUGUCAGAUGGACAAUGAGGCUAAGCAGGUGGCAUUCCGUUCCUACGUUCAAGACUCGCAGCAGGAUUUUGCCAACAUAUCAAUGAAUCACCAGGAGCAGAUUUUGUCCUUGAUGUCGCUCGUGAAGAGUGGAGACGACAACCCUCCAGAUGGUUCUCGACGGGGUAAUUCCGUGACUGCUGCCUCUGAUUCUUCGGGAGAUGAAUCUGUCGAAAGUUCGAAGCUGUUGAUCCUUGCAAACGAGAGAAUCGGUGUGCUAGAGCAGCAUCUUCGAGAACUGAAGGCAGAAAAUAAAGUCAAUGAUUCAUACCGCGUGGAGAAGGAGGAGAUCAAGGCCUCUUUGGCGGCAAAGAACGAAGAAUAUGAAAAGCUUGAAGUUCGUGUGUCCUCUCUCCGUGCGACGCUGCGUCAAAUACGCGAAGAAUUGACGAAGCCCAACAGUACGGAAUCAGAGCAGGAAGACGAGUACAGCAGCAGCCGACUUUGUCUCGCCAUAAUCAAGAAGGCUUUACUACAGUCACCUGGGCCGAUGUCGCCAAUGGCAAGACGGCAUUCCUGUCCAAACAUAAUUCAGCCCGAAACGUCGCCACAAUCAAUGAAACAGUGGGAGUUUAUGAGCGGUGCAGAUGACGACGAAGACGAAGCGGACGAAGAGGAGGCCCCGGAUUGGGCGGACGAGAUUAUGGAAGACUUGGCAUUUAUAGCGGAAGGAAAGCUCCCCCCGUCACUGCAAGGAGUCGAAGGCAUCUUCGAAGCAGAAGUACGGGUGCAAGAGGAAAAGAAAUCUGUUGCCUUGAAAAUGCCAGAUCUCGUUGAUUAUAACAAUACACCACCUCACGCGAGCUCAAAAUUGAACCCACCUGAUGGUGACACGCAUCAUAAUGUUGAUGAUGUUCUUGAAAGUCUGCUAGAAGACACACUGAUGGUUGAUACCGGUACGUUGCUCAUGGAGGAGGGUCCUCCGGAGACUAGCACGGACGGCUCAACUGGGAAACCUGAGUCGAAAUUCAAUGGCAUUGCCGACGACGCAAUUGGGGAGAUAACCCAGUCAUCUUCUUUGAGGAGUUCAGGCUCGGCCAAGUCUCAUAGUUCACAUGGCGAAACGGAAGGGUCCGUUUUCGAACGGCUCGUGAACCCCACACACUUCACUGGAACCCAGAGAGAGAAGCAUCACUCCCAAUCAGAAUUGCAGAAGGAGCAUCAGGAAAGCUCCGCCGAACGCCUUUUGGAUAGUUUGCUGGAGAGCAACGUGGAUAUAAUCACUGCUGCACCCGGGCAUCGGCUCGGUGAGGCAUCUACGACGAGGUCAAACGCAGCAGAUGCUGCUAGGAAAAUCAAGGAAUAUACUCGACAGAAUGUGUUCGAAAGGCUGACCAAGACUACAACUCAAUCUUUUGCCGGCAAACAUCCUGAUACACUCCACGAUGGUCCUAGUCACGACAAUCGACCAAAGCGUUCCAGCGCUCAAACGGCCGACCUUACUCCGAGCGCAGGCGAAGGAACUCCAAUGCCCACAAAGAUACCCUUGCCAUCUUCAUCGAGAAUCAAGUCUCCCGCUCGUCCCAAGUUCAAGCCCAAGACAAGCAGUCGUGGGACAUCUCCUACAAGAAUCGCCGGUAGAUCGCCGGGCAGGGCGAAGUCGCCACCGCCCAAAUCAAGAAACGAAGGGUAUACUCAGCAGAAUGUGUUCGAGAGACUUACAAAAACUACAACUGAAGCCUAUGCUGUCAAGAAGAGAGUUGUGAAGAAUUGAGUGCUUAUUGCUUCAGAGCAUCCUCAUGCCUUGAUCAUCAUCAAUGUUGUGGUGGGGAGUGACCCAACGAUUGCUUUUUCAAUUAGUCUUGACUUGGGAAGCUACCCUGACGGCUAGGUGGUCUUCAAGUUCCCAUCAAGAAUGCUAUUGUACACAGUAAAAGCCACAUAGACUAGAUUGACACCCUUUAGUCUUCUUCUACGAGCGGCCAU